UAUGAUCCAACUUAUCCCCCUAAAAGUUUUUUUUAAAAGAUGAUGACAUAUUCCAAUGAACAAGCAUUUACCCUUCUUCCCAAGGAUUGGGUCUCUCUGUUCGUGCAUCUGUCUGUCAGUGUAGAGAGGGGUGUGAUGUGGUUCCAGGAGGUGACAAGUUCUCAGUACUCUGUGGCCCCCUGGUGGUUCACCUUGCUUGACAAUCUGACUACACAUGAUCCCACAAUAGAAGACAACCAGUUGCAAUUUCGACCCAGGUUCUUGCUGUUGCCUGCUGUGUUGCAAGAGAGGUUUUUGCAGUUCCUGCUUGCUCAGGCAGACAUUAUUCCGGAUGGGAUAUUGCAUGAGCUACUGUCUGCGCUGGAAAACCACAUUCAACAGAGCGGUGUUGGCUCUGCCGAGUUAAAAAAGUUGGCAACUAUUUCCAGAUAUACAGAGAAGUUGGGCUUGGAUUUAGAACAACAGUCAGACAGACAAAUGACAUCAAAUAACGUCAAUGUUGAGGCGUCACUCAAGUCACAAAACAUUGUGUCGUUUCUUGAUGACAGCUCUGAUGAUAAUGAACCGCAGACUAAAAGACGCAAGCUUGAUUCUUGGGAAGGGGAAGAAGAUACUGUGCUAAUCUCAGACUCGCCUGAACAGUGUGAUUCUGGAGAAGAUGAUUCUCCUAUUCCUGUAUUUACACAGAUGAACUUCAGUCAGCAGCCCUCUGUGUCCUAUAUUGAGGAAGACGAACUUGAUGGCAAUGCUGAGAAGGAGUUUGCAAGUGUUUUAAAAGACACCUGGCAAAACUGUUUGCACGAAUCUGUUCCAGAAUUUUUCCAUGAGCUAACAAAGAUUUCUGCAUCUGAUAUGGAGAGUGUCCUACAGAGCUUGGACUUUGUGACAAUGUCAGAUGAUUCUGUGAAAUUGGCUUGUGAUCAUCUGUGUUCCCUGGAGGAAUCCCUUAGUUACACUGUUGUUGUCAUGUUCAUGUCCAGAGCUUUGUCGCCAAGGCUUAAAACUGUAGGUCAGAGUGCUUCCAGAAAACUUACAGAAGCAGUGAUCAACACAGCAGAGAAAUUUCCUAAGCAGUUUAUCGAUGGUGUGUUUACUUCUUGUGUAGGAGAACAGGUGGAAUUAUCUGUGGGACAGAGUGAACUGUUCUGUAAAAUAAUUAAAGACUGCUGGAGCAGUUCAUCGAGAGAAUACUCUUUGCAUUUGGCAUUACAGCGUGGUCUAGAGGUGCACGAGUCUAACAUACAGCUGCUUCAGACCAUUCUAGAACAUGAGUGUCAAAUAAGUGAGGCUGAUUUACAGAUGUUUGUGACAAAGCUUGCUCCAACAGCCUUAGUAUUGGCAAAGAAUCUUAAAUUCAGUAAGUUUCUUUUGGCCUUUGUGACUCAUUGUGGACAGAAGUUUUCUGCAAGCCUGUUACCUGAAGUUGAACGGAUUGUAAAUAUACAUCAGACAUUUAUGAAGAAGAAAAUUGUGGCAGCAUUAAAUAAGGUCAAACUGAAAUAAGGUUCCAGUUACCAGACUGACUCUAUUUUCUGCCUCCCCACCCUAAUGAUUUUUAGUUAAAAAUUGAAACAAAAUUAAUUACUAAUUAUUAUGGGAAGUACAUGUAUACACCGUAUGGCACUUAUAUUCAUACAUGAUAAUAAAGUUUAAUUGUAUUGUGUUACUUUCUUCAA